AUGGCUGCUCAGAUAGAUCGAGAGACGACGACACCGUUCUUAUUAAAGCUCUUUUACAAGCAAGGAGCUUAUCACAGACUAGACGAAUUCGACCCAGCACUGCCACGUCUCCCCACCCACCUUCAGAUCUACACAUGGCAAAGCUGCACAUUACGCGAGCUUUGCGGUCUCUUCUUUGGCGCCUUGCCUAGUCUGUUGCCGCAGCCAUAUGCCGGCACACGAAUCGCGUUUCGUCUCGUCUAUCCCGAUAUACAAGGCUCCAACCGACCUGGCGCACAAGGACGCUAUAUCUGUCGAGAUAUCGGGUCUGUCAUAAUAGGUGCACGUACCGCCAAUGAUGAAAGCGAUACGGGCGACAGCGACACGGCAACAGUGACCGAGGCGCUGAAGCAAUUGAAUGGCGAUCCAGAUAAAACCCUGGGCGACGCCAAGUUCCUGAUAGGAGACUAUGUCACAUGUGCAGUCCUGCCACCGUUGUCUGACGGUAGUGUUCCAGCAGCUCCGCCACCUGCAUCCGGUCCAGGACGAGGUGCACCAGCAGGAGGGUAUGGCGGACGUGGUGACUUCGGCUUCGGUCGUGGAGGAAAAGGAGGAAGAUAUGACGAGAGGAGACCGUUUGACAAUAGGAGACCUAGCAGAGGUGUUCCAUCAGGCGAAUGGAGGCGAGGUGAAGCACCACCGGAGCGUGAGCCUGGCUCCGGCAGAGGAGGAGGUGGUGCUGGUGCUGGAGGGCUAGAUGGUAACUGGCAUGGACGAGGAAGGGGACGAUGGUGA